AUGUCAAAUCCAAAAUCAUCACAUCUCAUUUCUUUGCAAACAGAUGGUUUAUACCUUCUAAACCUCAACGAAACCACAUCGUUGAAGCUCAACUUGCCCUUUACAUUACCAGCCAAAACCGAACCGGUAUGUAUUCUUCAUUGUCGUGGAAUGAUUUGUCUGACCCUUAAAGACAACAAUGAUCUAGCAAUAUGGAAACCAGGUUUGGAGAAAUUCAAGAGAAUACCAAUGGUUGAACCGGGCCAAACCACAGAUCUUUUGGGAUUCGGUUAUGACCGGGUUACUGAUGAUUACAAGAUCGUGAUGGUAAAUGGUUUUAAUACAUAUAUCUAUGCUUUUAAAGAAAGCUUUUGGAGAGAAAGUGUAAAAAAUACUUCUCUUCAUUGCAAAUUCAAUGACCGAACCGGUACAGUUGUAGACCAUUGUAUGUAUUGGAUAGCAGAUCGGUCUCACAACAAAACCUCUCAAAGACAAAACACCAUCUUGUGUUUUGAUUUCUCCAAGGAAGAGUACCAAGAACUUUUAUCUCCGAUGUACACGGAUUCGAAACUAAGUUCAUGGUUAGGGGUUUCAAGAGGAGAGCUAUGUGUUAUCGAUCAUUACCCUUGUCUAGAUAAUGACAUUUGCUUAUGGCGUCUGGAAAGAAGAAACAAGAAGAUAACACAAUGGAACAUUGAUCCAUGUAUCAAUAUGAAGGAAAAUGUUAAAGGAUUCAAAAAGUUUGAUGUUGGUUUGGCGUGCUUAGCAAGAAACAAAAACUUUGAUGUUGGUUUUGCGUGUAUAACAAGAAACGAGGAGCUCUUUGUAGUGGUGAAAGGUAAUGGAAAAGAAGAAGACAAGGUUAUGGUGUAUAACGAGAUCAGAAUGAAGUUUAUUGAAGUUCCAUUUCGUAGUUCUUUGAAUGGGUUUAGAUGUAUGACUGUCACAGAUUGA